UAUCAUGUGGCGAAAAGAUUUUCACUUGACGCUCUUAGCUGGUCGAAAUAAUAAAACUGAUAUUUGUUGAUCGACGGCUGUUGCGUUGAGUUGAACGUCUCGUGUCUUUUGCUUAUUCUAUGGUGACGUGACUUAAGAUAGCUUCUGAUAUGAAACGAAUAUUAUUUAUGGCCUUGCACAUCAAGAAUCCAAUUCUGAGAAAAGUGUUUAGUUUUCGCCAAUAUAUAACGCUACACAACUGUAAAUUAAAGCAGGAUGUAAGGCGUUUUAUUGAAGAAAAUACGGAAAUAGUCAAAGGUAAUAGUUUAACACCAGAGAUCUCAUUAAGACUUUUUACAACGAAAUGCCGUUUUUGGACCGAGAAGCCAGAAUUGUGGCCUUUCCCUGAGCCGUUUUGGGCUAUAUAUUGGCCCGGGGGACAAGCAUUAUCCAGGUAUCUCCUAAACAACCCAGAAGUAUCAGGAGGCCGAAGAGUAUUAGAUCUUGGAUGUGGCUGUGGAGCCUCUGCUAUUGCUGCCAAACUCACUGGGGCUAUGCAUGUAGUGGCCAAUGACAUAGAUCCAAUUGCUACAAGUGCCACACAGAUAAACUGUGAACUGAAUGGAUUAGAUCCCUUGCCUUGUGUGACAGAGAACAUGAUUGGAUCAGAACCGGAGAAGUGGGACCUCAUCCUGUUGGGAGACAUGUUCUAUGAUGAAUCUCUUGCAGACAGCCUACAUAACUGGCUCCAGACGUGUAUUAAGAUCCAUGGAACACAGAUCCUCAUUGGAGACCCAGGACGAGCUCAGUUUGAGAACCAUAACAUCAAAACACUGCUGCAUAAACAGGCAGAGUUUGAGUUACCCAACUCAGUCAAAGAGGAAAAUUAUGGACUGACAAGUAGCACAGUCUGGCAUUACUUACCUUUCUAAGGUUAUUACACACAAAAGCACUGUUGAUGUGUCAUCAAUAUUUACUAUUAUUUAUUUAAUAUACACAUUAAACCCUGAAUAUUAAUGCUAUGAACAUUGUUUAUGGCAAAUGAAUUUAGGAAAAGACAAAGUAUUUAUAAUUUGUACCUUCAUAACAUGUAGUUAUGUUCCUUUAAAAAAAAAAAAAAAAACACUUAUUGGCAUCCCUGAAUGUGUUACUUUGUGCAUUUUCUCUUUGAAAAAAUGAUAGCACAGUUAACCCAUAAUGAGAGAAUACAUGGCAUAUGAAGAUCAUUUGCAUCAUCUGCAUGUUCAAGGAUAAACUGCUUUUCAUGUAGACUUGAAGAAUGUAAUAAAUCUCCAAACCAAAACUUUAUUUUAAGGCUAUACACAAAUAAGACACCUAUGAACUGAGGUGGAAGAGACAAGUAACCAUACAUAGCAUCGUCAUUUGCCUAUAUUAAGGUGCAGCAAAUAGUGAUGUGUCUUUAGUGUUUAAUUGCCCUUACAUUUUGCCGAACGGCAAGUGAACCAAAACUAGGACUUGCCAUAUUUAAUCAAUUUAAAAAUGUAUAUCCAGAUCUCCUUGAGAUUCCUCAGACUCUUUAUUUCAUAUUUGUGAACUCAAGUCCCAGCAGUCAAAUAAACAUGUCCCUUAGUUUGAUUAUUCACAUUUUACUGUCCAGCAGUAAAAUUAACACCAGCUAACUGAACUAGCAAUGUAGUUCAGUCAUGUAAAUGUUAAAAACAAUUGUCAACUUUUCAUUUUCAUUAAACAAGUCAAAAACAAAACAGCCAUAAUAGUAUUUUAUCUCCUAUUCCUGUUAAUGUUUUUAAUGUGGCAAGUGGUAGAUAAUACCAUAAAUAAUGAAAUGACAAACUGAACACUACAACUGCUUCUAUUGUAAUAGUUGUCUAGUGCUGUGUUGCACUUGUCAGUUUACUUUUACAUGGCCAUUAGCUAGUUCUUUUCAUCGUCGCCCCUGAAAUUAAUUCCUUGUCAUUCUAGUCUGUCACCCCAUAUAGGCUUUCAGUGAGGGGAUAGGAAUGAGCACUUUUCUGUGGAUCUGGAGGUAUACUUUAUAUAUUUAUUCAUACUUUACAUUUAGAUUU